CAAGCUAAUCUUCCAAUCCAAUGAAGCCUUCUCUUCUCCGUCUCUCUCUUUUUUCUCUCUCGCCUGAGAGUCGUUCGAUGUUGAUCGGCCGGCUCUUGCAAUUUCAAUCAUGAUUUUUCUCUCUCCCUCACCGAUUAAGAAAGGCAUCUGUUUUUGAUAAAGCAAAUAACCAAUUCUUGUUCUUGUUAUAUACAGAUUCAAUCACUCGCUCUCUCUCUCUCUCUCUUUUGGCCUAAUUUUUUCUCCUAUUCCGCCAUUAUUGCUCAUUAUACAUAAAAGAACAAUACCCAUCAAAGAAAAACGCCUUUUCUUUUGCAAAAUCUCCUUGACUUAUGUAGAAUUGUGAAUACAAUCAGAGAGUAGGUUUUUGAAUUUGGAAACUUUUCUUUAUCUCAUUUUGGGCAGUUUUGAGAAUGGAAUUAGAUUGCAUUGAGACCGUGCCGUCGUCAGAUUUGACAGACGAGGAUGAGAUCCAUCACCACCACCAUCAAUUCCCUUCAGUUCCUAAGCCUCAAAGCAACAACAUUAACAUCAAUAUCAUCAACAACAACAACAACAACAACAGUAAUACUGUUUCUUCAGCAAUCCAAUCUAUCAGUGUCCAUGAGCUGCUCGAAUGCCCUGUUUGCACAAAUUCCAUGUAUCCUCCAAUUCAUCAGUGCCACAAUGGACAUACACUUUGUUCGACUUGUAAAACAAGGGUGCACAACCGGUGUCCCACUUGUAGACAAGAGCUUGGUGAUAUUAGAUGUCUGGCAUUGGAGAAGGUAGCCGAAUCACUCGAACUGCCUUGCAAAUACAUGUCACUUGGAUGUCCAGAGAUUUUUCCGUACUACAGUAAACUCAAACAUGAGGCCCUCUGCAACUUCAGGCCAUAUAGCUGUCCUUAUGCUGGAUCUGAAUGUGCUGUUGUUGGCGAUAUUCCAUUCCUUGUUGCUCAUCUGAGGGAUGAUCACAAAGUAGAUAUGCACUCUGGAUGCACUUUCAACCAUCGUUAUGUAAAGUCUAAUCCCCGUGAAGUAGAAAAUGCAACAUGGAUGUUAACUGUUUUCCACUGUUUCGGCCAGUACUUCUGUCUGCAUUUUGAAGCUUUCCAGCUAGGGAUGGCUCCUGUUUAUAUGGCAUUCCUUCGUUUCAUGGGUGAUGAGACAGAAGCCCGGAAUUACAGCUACAGUCUUGAGGUUGGGGGAAAUGGGCGGAAACUCGUUUGGGAAGGCACCCCAAGAAGCAUUAGAGAUAGCCAUCGGAAGGUUAGGGAUAGCCAUGAUGGCUUGAUUAUACAGAGGAACAUGGCGCUUUUCUUCUCUGGAGGGGAUAGGAAAGAGUUGAAGCUUCGAGUGACAGGGCGCAUAUGGAAAGAACAACAAAACCCAGAAGGUGGGGCAUGCAUUCCCAAUCUCUGCAGUUAGGGUGUUCUGCCACAUGUGCCUCAUCUUUUGUAACGUUAGUAUAUUCAAAUAUCUUGAGAAUCCUUUUGUGUAUACUGGAGCCUAAACUGUAUGAAUUGUCAAUAAACUACUCAAAGAAGUUGUUCUGGCUACGUUGUGAAUUUGUUGUUUUGAUAGCUGAGUCAGUUAUGGUGUGCUUCAAUGCUUCUGUCCUAA